AUGGCCUCGCUAUCUGUGAGUGAAUUAAACAAGUUAUCUGAAAUCUUAGUUUAUAACUUAGUUUUAUUAUCUACAACCAAUACUCCUGGAAUAGUAAGAACAAGAAUUAUUGAUGAUUCAUCUGAACAAAAGGUUCAAUACAACUUCAGAUAUGCUGUAGAAGAUCCCGUUAAUAAUGUAUUUAAUGAUCACUGGGAACAUCGUAUAGGUGAUUUUGUAAAAGGUGGUUAUAGUUUGUUGGAUCCUGAUGGAAAAAUUCGUACUGUUUUGUAUGAAGUGGAUGGAAAACGAGGAUUUCGCGCUUAUAUUAGACGUAAAAAGCCAGGUCCAUAUUUUUAUACAACAAGGAUAUUAAAGAAACAUUAUACACCAUUUGUGUUACGAAAACCCGUUGGCAGAAUAACAGUCGAUCAACUUGAUCGAAACUAGAUAAGUUUGGACUAAGUGCCAUUAAAAUGUGUUGA